GACCGAAAGUACAUGAGUCACAUAAGCAAGCGGCUACGAUUCAACCACGUGUCACAUGACCACCGGUUCGACCGUUUCUUUGUCCAGCCGCGUGACACCUGAACCAGAAAAGUUUAAUAGCCAUUUUAAUAACAGAGCCGUUAAUUACACGUGACUUAAAAAGCCGUUAUCCUUAACAGCGUUAACAUCUCGGUCCUGUGAAAACACUUUUUAUAUGUCCCCACGACAUUUAUCUUUUCCUAAGCAUCGCUCUAGUUAAGGAAGCAGCAGGUUUGGAUCCGAACCAACCAACGGAUCAGAUCAGAAACAAAAUAUUCAACGGCUCAGAUUUAUUCUAAUUUUCCUCCUUUUAUUGUUGGUUUUUUCAUUCGACUUCGAGAUCUUUCUUCUCAGAGGUGUAACGAAAACGCUAGAACAAUAACUUUGAUCGUUCUUCUUCUUCUCUUGAAUCGGAAACAAUGGCGGAUGAACAUAAGCAUGAAGAAUCUUCACCUAAUUUGGAUCCAGCAGUGGAGGUUGUAGAGAGGGAAUCGUUGAUGGAGAAGUUAUCGGAGAAGAUCCAUCACAAAGGUGAUUCGUCGUCUUCAUCAUCAUCAGAUGACGAAAACGAGAAGAAGUCUUCGUCAUCGUCUCCAAAGUCUUUGAAAUCGAAGGUUUAUCGUUUGUUCGGAAGAGAGAGACCUGUUCAUAAGGUUCUCGGCGGCGGAAAACCGGCAGAUAUAUUUAUGUGGAAGGACAAGAAAAUGUCAGGAGGUGUAUUUGGCGGUGCUACAGUGGCAUGGGUGCUAUUUGAAUUGAUGGAGUAUCAUCUUCUUACUCUGUUAUGUCACGUUAUGAUCGUUGCUCUUGCUGUGUUGUUUCUAUGGUCUAAUGCCACUAUGUUCAUUCACAAGUCUCCACCAAAGAUUCCUGAAGUUCAUAUCCCUGAAGAACCUCUUCUUCAGCUUGCUUCGGGUCUUAGAAUCGAAAUCAACCGUGGGAUCUCUUCUCUUCGUGAGAUUGCGUCGGGGAGGGAUAUCAAGAAGUUCCUCUCUGCUAUUGCCGGAUUGUGGGUUCUAUCGAUCUUGGGCGGCUGCUAUAGUUUCUUGACAUUGGCAUACAUAGCUCUGGUUCUGCUCUUCACUGUUCCUCUUUUCUACGACAAGUACGAAGACAAAGUAGACUCAUACGGUGAGAAAGCAAUGGCUGAGUUGAAGAAGCAAUACGCUGUGUUGGACGCAAAGGUAUUCAGCAAAAUCCCAAGAGGACCGUUGAAAGACAAGAAGAAGGAUUAGUUUUUUUUGGGGUUUUUGUUUUGUGUGGGUUUUCUUUGGAGUGCAAUGUGCACAAUGCUCUGGUUUUUAUACACGUGGGUUGUGUUGUGUUGUGAAUUGGUAAUCUAAAAGGUUAUGUGUUAGAUCUCAACCCAAAUUUUACUUGACAACUUUGCUUUGUUUUUGGAGUGGUUUGUGGCAUUAGCACAAUGAUUGUAGUCGUUCUCUUGAUCUAUAUUUUUAAUGUACUGAUUGAUUUCUGUGUUUCUAAUAUGGUACGUUACUC